AACUCAGUCCGGCCACGUCACUUGUGUUGUGUUGAGAAGAGUCUGAUAUGCUUGAUCGGGCCUUGCAAGCGGAACAGGGUGCAUAAGUUGCAGUGAAUAUUUAAUUCGCCUGAGGUAGAAAUCAACGGCAUCAGAAUGAAGACACACCUUUGGAUCAUUGUGGCAGUGCUGGGUAUUACCCCGACUCACCAAAAGGUUUCGCCCUGUCCCGCUGUGCUCACGUACGAUGAGCAAGACGAUUCAUCCAGUACCUGGUUUGGCACGAUGCGACUGAAGAGCAAUGUACCACUACACGGGGUGUUUGUGGACGUUGGUUUCACAUCGCAUGUUUUGGAAUUCGGUACAUUCCUCAAAGAGUUCAGCACGGAAGACAACUUAGAGUUUCACUUGACAGACAAAACGAAAAACAUGCGCGCUGGCGAAGUGUACGUUCUGAAGAUCUUUGUUCGAUAUGAACCGGACAAACAGGUACCAUUGGUAAGGCAAAUUCGAUUCAACGGUCAGAGCAUUUGCACUGACGCGAAACCAGCUGUCCGAUCGAAUCCAACGGCAACACGUCCCUACUCUACUGGUCCAACCAGGCAACAGACAACGAUGGGAUGGCAUCAGGCCAACCGCAGAUUAGCGUCUAGUGAACUUGAGCAAGACAAUCCUGACGAGUUCCCUCACGUAGUACAACCGGUGAAUGCCUAUGCGACUGUUUCGCCUCCCGUAGAACCCUCAGUAUACCAUUCCGGCUCCCCUUCCUUGCAUGAUACGGUGUCGACAAGGGCAAUCAAUGAAAAAGCUGUCGAGCCACCGAGUUACGAUCGUUAUCGCACACGUGUAGCUGUAGCAGAAGGUACGGAGGAUCGAACACUCCCGGUAGAUUCUGUAGAGCCAGCUGCACUGGAUACAGGAUUGCCAAUCAGAAGAUACAGCACCACUACCCGCAGUCCGAUACCGCAGGAACAAAUCUGGGAUAAUAUUCGCCGGCCGCCCACAAAUAUCCCGAAACCACAGGAAAGUAAUAUUCAAUAUGAUCGGCUUGCUGGUAUAGCAUUGAAUGCUGGGGAUGACUCUUCGGUCAGUCUCAGACAAAGUACUACUCGACCAACACUGAGAACCUCCACCAUCCGGCCACAGUACUUUGCAGGCGAUUAUGCAUUUCUUCGGAAAGAUGAGUCUGGCACCAGCGAGUCGAAGCACUACAUCAACAAUCAACAAGAAGACAUCUGCGGAACAGUUGUACCGAAAGCGAACCCACUAGUAACACAUGGAUCGGUCUCGGAACGAGGACAAUUCCCGUGGCACGGUGCCCUCUACCGUAGCUCAGUCACCGAACUGCGGUAUCUCUGCGGUGCCACGCUGGUAUCGGCGCGGAUGACCAUCACAGCGGCACACUGUGUGACGCUGGAGAAGAGCAACAAGCCGGUCGAUGCCAAAAGUAUGCUACUGUUCUUUGGCAAGAUCGAACUUAGCAAGUGGAUUGGGGUGGAGGAAGAUGCCCAGAUCCAAUCAGUCCAUGUGCCGGCCCAGUAUCACCACGAGCGGUUCUUUAGCGACAUUGCCGUCCUGGUGCUGAAAGAGGAUGUCAAGUUUAGCAACUUCAUCCGGCCGGUGUGCUUGUGGGCGUUUGACGAUGAUUACAAGACGCUGGUCAACAAGAUUGGGUUUGUGCCGGGCUGGGGUUACACCGAGCAAGGGCUGGUCAGUUCGCGGCUCUCCUUUGCCCAGAUGCCAGUCGUGGCUCACGAAACCUGCAUCUGGUCGAAUCGGGAUUUCUUUAGCCGGGUCACAUCGGACAGUUCGUUCUGUGCCGGCUUCAAAAACGGUACCUCCGUCUGCAACGGGGACAGUGGUGGCGGAAUGGUAUUCAAGCAUAAUGGGCGCUGGUAUCUGCGGGGUGUCGUGUCGGUCAGUGCCGCGCUGCAGGACCGUUUCCGCUGCGAUCCCAACCAUUACGUCGUGUUUACGGAUGUCGCAAAGUUCUCCAAGUGGAUUCAAAAUAUUUCGGCCAUGUCCGUGCAUCAGUGUUCAUGGCUAGUGCAAUGGGGACUAUUUGUUCUACUAUGCAGCAUAUUUGAUCCUUCGGGAGCAGUGUUAACCACGUUUGGUCGAACAUUUGCUGCGCCACGCCUGCUUCCUUCUAGGCAAACGGAUCGUUGUAGUGAUCUGUUUACAGUCGAUCACGAGAAUACGUACGCGAAGUUUUAUGAAGGAAAGCUCAAUCUGCGCCCUUUAAUUACGCUGCCCUAUAUGCAGGUCGUACUGCAGUUUGAUCGCGAAGUGGAGCUGCUCACGAACUACUUCCACAAGAGCACGGACGACUACAAAACCUUUCACAUUACCAACAUGACCCAUUCGUUUCCUGCAGGCCACAACAUUCAAAUUCCGCUGUCUAUAGCAUACCAGUCGGUAAAACCUACUCUCGAACGCAUCGAUCUCAACGGGGUCACCAUUUGUCCUACGACUGUGAGGACACUCAGGCGUAACUAUGCCGUUUCUCCUGCUCCCAUUUUGAAUGAUCGUUCUGUUCAAACCUGGAAAAACUCGUCGGAUGAUCGAACACAACAGCAAUUCAACUCCACGUGCCAGGCAAUCCAGACUGCAGUGGUAGUCUCGGGUGGCCGGUGGGACGCAGUGAUGAACCUUGUGGCCGACAGCACACUAUCCCAGGCAGUGAUCGAAAUCGUAUUCGAUCAUCCAAUUUACAUAUUAGGGAACCCAUUCGGCGAAGUUACCACCCAAGACAGCAUAAGAUUUCGGAUCGAAAACCGUACCUUCAUCAUUGCGAAGGACGCCGAGAUAGAAUUGAACUUUUUCGUGCGCUUCAAUCAGGCAGGACCAGUACCGGACGUGGCCGAGGUCAAUUUCAAUGGACGUAACCAUUGCCAACAGCGUCGUCGGCGUGUUCCUAACGGUAAUGUCGCGGACACAGUACGACCGCGACCAACAACAUUUGCCACAAUCACCGAUCCCUUUUAUGGACGUGAAACAAUCGAAGCUACGGUGUCUGCGGAGGGCAGGCAAGAGGAAGACGAAUGGAUACUGGACGAGGCGGAAUGUGCUACGGUCGUACCAUCGAAAGCAAAUCGCAUAAGAUCCCGAAUCAUUGGAGGCAUAGAGUCUGGACAGGGUGAACAUCCUUGGCACGUGGCAAUCUACGUUGAAGACCAAUACCAGUGUGGUGGAAGUAUCGUGGGGAAACGUUGGAUUCUAUCGGCGGCCCACUGUCUUACGAGGCAAAACACGAACCAAACUCUUGAUGUGGAGCAGUUCCGUGUGUACACGGGCAUCAUCGAUAUCAGUCAGAUAGAGGAUCACUUUUACCGUUCCGUCGAAUCUGUUAUAAUCCAUCGAGAGUUCAAUCCGGCAAUGUUUACGACCGAUAUUGGUUUGCUUCGGCUCACACGGGAUAUAGUGUACAAUAGCUUCAUCAAGCCGGUAUGCUUGUACAACCGGACGGUGGACAUAAGUGGAUUCUAUGGACGGGAUGGUAAGGUGACGGGUUGGGGCUUCGAUCGAAAUGGUGUCGUGAGCAAUAUGCUGAACUACCUGGAGGUUCCAGUCGUAUCGCAGAAGAUGUGCUCUCAGAAGAACGUCCAGUUCAAUGUCGUGCUCGCCGUGGGCGAAUCUUUCUGUGCUGGUCACGCUGACGGAAACGCCGUCUGUAACGGUGAUAGUGGUGGUGGAUUGGUUUUUGCUGAAGGAUCCCGAUACUAUAUUCGCGGAAUCGUUUCAAUCAGCGCCCAGCGCCGGAAUCAGCUUCUUUGUGAUCCGAACCAGUACUCGGUAUUCACCGAUGUCUCCAAAUUCCGUAAUUGGAUACGACAGCAUAUAUCUUAGCACUAGCAAGACAUGCAUUUAAGGAGCAGUGGCCUUGCGAAUGGAAAUAAUAUUAUUUAUUUCAGUUGUCGAACGGAAUAUGAACAAUUGCACCGGAAUAAUGAAGCUAACGGGUUGCGACUAUCGAGUCUAGCGUUUUACCAAAUCACAUAAUUCUAAUAAACAUUAAUAUAUGCAACGGAACGGA